AUGAAAGAAGCAAUCGUCGGCAAGGGCCCUACGGUCACUAUCAGAGAUACCGAGAUCCCAAAGCCUGGGCCGCAUCAGAUCGUUACCAAGAUUGAAUACAGCGGUAGUAACCCAAAGGAUUGGAAAGUGCCAGAAUGGAUGCCAGACACGCCAGCUCUGAACCAGGGCGACGACAUCAGUGGUGUCGUCCACGAAGUAGGAGAAGGCGUUACAGAGUUCAAGAAGGGCGACCGCGUGGCUGCCUUCCACGAGAUGAUGGCCCCUGGCGGUUCCUACGCCGAAUAUGGGUUGAGUUGGGACCACACUACAUUCUUCCUCCCAGAGAACACAAGCUUUGAAGCCGGUGCUGCUCUUCCGCUGGCUGCUCUCACAGCAGCAGUCGGCCUAUUCGGCGACAACACACUGAACCUUCCUGCCCAGCCAUGGAACCCCACAACCGAGAAGAUCCCGCUUGUUGUCUACGGCGGCUCAUCAGCAGUCGGAUCCUACGUCCUCCAAUUCGCUUCGAAGGCCAAUAUCCACCCACUCAUCGUUGUCGCUGGCCGAGCUCAGAAGCACGUCGAGCAGUUCAUCGAUCGCUCGAAGGGAGACACAAUCAUAGAUUACCGCAAUGGCGACGAGGCUGUACAGCAAGGCAUCAAGGAUGCUCUGAAAGGUCAAAAGCUGCACCACGCAUACGACGCUGUCUCGGAGAAAGGCAGCUAUCACAACAUCGGCAAGGCCCUGGAGCCAAAGGGCAAGAUCACACUGGUCUUGCCAGGAAAGGAUUACUCCGAUAUGCCAGAGCAUGUUACGAAGACAAUCACGAUGGUGGGCGAUGUUCAUGGGCCAAAGAAAGAUUUGGGAUUUGUCUACUCAAGGUACAUCACGAGAGGACUGGAAGAGGGCUGGUUCAAGCCACAGCCACAGGAGAUUGUGCCUGGAGGUCUUAAUGGGGUCCAGGGUGCGCUGGAGAAGUUGAAGGAUGGGACUGUGAGCGCGGUCAAGUACGUUUUCAAGAUCUCGGACACGAAGUAG